AUGAAAUUGGUUCAACAUAUAGCAAGACAACAUGGAAAUGAUGGGAUCUAUCAAUGUGGUUUAUGUCAAGAACUUGAAUCAAAAGAACCAACUGGUGUUGGAUAUGUUUGUUGUGUUUGUGAUGUUGUAUUUGAUGUUCCCAGAGAUCUCGAAGAUCACAUGGCCACCCAUGACUCGAU